CGACGACGGCGACGACGUCCUUCCCGCCAUCGCCAUCGACAACGACCAUGGCAAUGCCUGCCCCAUCAACGCCUCAGUCGUCCCGGCACGCGAAUAACGACCACCUCACCGUGUCUUCCUCACAUUCGUCUCAUACGCUUUCUCCACACACGCCCCGUCCAUCCACGUCAACGUCCUCUGUCACGACCCCAUCGUCAGGCCGCCCUUCACACCCCGUCUCCCUUGAUACCCUUCUCGCCGCACACGCCAAUGCGCCCGAUCCCAUACGUGCUACUCUCGAACACCUCGUCGCAGACCGCAAUUCGGUCGCUGCCCAAAACAGUCAGCUCUGGAAGCUUAUCGAGAAACAGCGCAGCGCUACAACACAGCUCAACAGAGACAACGACAGAAUCAGGACAGAGCGCGAGGCCUACAAGUCCAAGUUAAAUGCGCUCGGAGAGAACACCGACGCCAUCCUGAAAGCCUUCAAGGGGGAGAGACACGAGAGACAUGGCAAGCCUUCGUCCUCUGCUUCUCGCUCAAAUUCGUCUCCGAAUCCCAGAGCUACUCUCCUGCGCCACCAAUCAGACGAGCCCAGUCCCGGACAACCACGGCCAGGGUCCUCAGAAACUUCUCGCCCGGGGCCCACUGUCCUUAUUUCACAAUCAUCCUCGAAGCCGUCUUCUGAUCCCUCGUUUCAAGAGCACUUUCGCAACACAGCCCCCGUAAAACCCCCACCUCGCUCUAACUCGCUCAAAUCCUCCUCACGCGCCGCGCGACAGCAUGCUCGAGCUCUCGCCAAUCAGGCCGCUCAGGAUCAGCCCCAAUUGUCAUCCUCUCCGGACCAGAUGAUUGGAGACACUGAUGAACCAGAACCGGAUUCUUCAUCACCUGCUGUUUCUCCCACCACCGCGACACCAGCCUCUUCUAUCAGUACUUCGACUGCCUUAACGACGCCAGUGUCGACACACGGCCACUUGCCGACCGCUCAGGCGAUCCUGGAAACCACCACCGCUCAUCUUCCUCCCCCAACUCAUAGUCUCUCUCGCGAGUCCCGUAUUUCUCUUCCUCCAGAAGUAAAACAGUACAUAUCCACCAUGGGAGAAUCACCCCUCCCAUCGCCGAGGCUGCCAUCUGUCAAUGAAUCCCCGUCUCCCGUAGAUAACCCAGGGGGCAUGUCGUUUGCCGAUAGUAGUGGCAUGAGCUCACCCGUUCGAAGUCUUACGACGGCAUACUCGGCCUCCAACCCCAAUUCCACGUCCAACCUAAACAUCAACCAUCAAAACGAUACCCAUUCUCGAUACGACAGCCCACGACGCGGACCAGAACAUUCUGACGGCGAGUUCCUGGACAUGGAUGACGUCGAGGACGAAGGUGAAGACGAGGAAGACGAGGAACAGUCUACGGGCCCACGCGGGCGGCGAAACACUGAUCCUGAACGUGAUGCAGAUUCCACCAACAACCCGUACGGUGGGCUCGCGAGCGCUCAGGCGGCCAGCUCAGCACCGAACUUACACGCUGACGACUUCCCAAUGCCGCCUUCGACUGCAUCCCCUAAGGACCAAACAUCUUUCUCAUCGACUCAACCCCCUCGGACUCCACCGCAUCGACAGGUAGUCACUGUUGCGGCUGACGACUUGGCUGACGGACCGCAGACGCCUACAGCGAAUACGUAUAACGCCCAGACCGUGGGCUCACACACGAACAUGUCUGGAACGACCCUUAAUUUCAAUGCGAAAGGCUCGUUGAAUGGAGGUGGUUCCCCGUUCCGUGCCUUGCCUCUCCUUCCCCACGACCUGCCCCAUACACGAAUCCAGGUCACAAGCUCGAGCGUGCGGCCGAACGAGCGGGGGAAGGACGUCCUCAGCUUCGUCGUGUACGUGGAUCCCAAUGGUGUGAGCACCUCGACCGGAACCGGCAGUAUCAAGGGGAAAGGGAAGGAGGGCUGGAGCGUAGAGAAGAUGUACAGCGACGUGCUAGGGCUGGAUCAGAGAGUGCGGUCGAGGGUGGGAAAGAGCGUCGGGAAGAAGAUUGCGAACCUCCCAGAUGGGAAGUUGUGGCGGGAUCAUGCGCCCUCAAAGGUCGACCAGCGGAAGGCGGUUCUCGAACAAUACCUCCAGACUCUCAUCAAUCUUCCCAUCAAGAACAACGAUGAAGUCAUCGCUUUCCUGACAUCUGAUAUCUUGAAGGAGACGAACAAGCCUGUCUCGAAAGAGGGCUAUAAGGAGGGCUAUCUGACCAAGAGAGGGAAGAAUUUUGGAGGUUGGAAGACUCGGUUCUUUGUGCUGCAGGGACCGCAGCUGGAGUACUAUGAAAGCCGCGGCGGCACACACUUGGGCUCUAUCGCGAUCACCGGUGCCCAGAUUGGCCGUCAGCAGCGACCAACCGAUCGACCUCAGACGGACGAAGAGAAUGAGUACCGGCAUGCUUUCCUCAUCAUCGAGUCUCGAAAGGGUGUGGCCGGCACGCAUCGCCAUGUUCUAUGUGCUGAAAGCGACGAAGAACGAGAUAACUGGGUGGAAAUACUCGUACGCUACGUCUCCGGUGUCUAUGACGAAGACCCCAAACCCAACACCAGCAGCGGUGCCUCGAUCAAUGUCACCAUCCCCAACGUUCCUAGCACCACCUCCAAUGCCUCCACCUAUUCACGCACCAGCACGGCUUCUCCUGAUUCAGCACAUUCCCCAGUCAUCAUGCGCAAUGGACGUCAACAACCGACGCGCGGAAUGUCGAAGGACGAUAUUUCAGUCGGCCCCGCCCUUCCCCUCUCCCAAAUUCCUCACGACGCUGCCACCGCCAAACUUUUCCAGAACACAGCGCCCUAUGACGACUCCAGUUCCAUAAAAGGAAACGAUGUGUCACCAUCUGACCGCUAUCCCUCUCCCGCUUCGGGCUUCACCGACCAGCAGACGGCUCGUCGUCUGCUCGAGAAAGGCCCAUCGCCAUCUCAAUCCCAGCCGCCAUCGCAAUACGCGAGCUCGACCGAACUCCCGCUGUCCAGCUCGCUACCCACCACAUCGCCUCUCGAGUCGGGAACUACCGAGUUCCUCGCGUCAGUCACACCACGUGCUAACUCGGAAUUGGGCCAUUACUCGGAUAUGGUGGAUCCUCGGGCUGCUGCUGCUGUCGGUGCUGGCGGUGGCGGCGCGGGUGUGGCAAGUCCUUCGCGCUCUCGACAGUCGCCAGCGACUUCCGAAGCCGCUCGAAAUCGUCAUUUGCAUCGGCAGUCAUAUCAUCCCUCGCACGAUACCGUCAGAUCGUCGCCGUUACAGCCCCCACAGCCGCCUCAGGGAUCGCAACCACAUACGCAUCUUACUCUUACCCCCGAGAGACCGUCAUCGCCCGACGUCGGGUCCAGUCCGAGCGCUCAGAACACCCCAAGACCAGACAUGGCGAACGGGGCGAACUCGAAGGUCAAGAUCUCAGGGCCUAUGAACGGAGCUCCUAUCCCUGCUGGAUUGAAGUUUGGCACGAAGGAGAAGGAGCCUGAAACGCAUCAGCCCAAUGAGAGAAGGGAGAAGGCGAAGUCGAGGAUGUUCUGGGAUCGGUUUAAGGGUGAGAAGCCUCCGACGGUUCAGCAUAUCCCUCGCAAUGUCUUCGGUGUUCCCUUGGAAGAGUCGCUUGAUGUAUCUGAGAGAGCAGGCCUACCAUCCAUCGUAUUCCGCUGCAUCGACUUUUUGGAGAAGAAGCACGCAGAGCAGGAAGAAGGCAUCUAUCGAUUGAGUGGCAGCUCUGCAGUCAUCAAGGCCCUCAAGGAUCGAUUCAAUAACGAGGGUGAUGUGGACUUGCUUGCGUCGGACGAGUAUUGGGACCCUCAUGCCAUUGCUGGCCUCCUGAAGUCAUUCUUCCGUGAACUACCCGUGAGCGUCCUCACUCGUGAACUGCACCACCGCUUCCUUGGUGUCAUAGACCUCGUCGACACAAAUGAUCGAGUUCGGGAGCUCUCCAGUCUCGUACAGAAGCUUCCAGUCCCAAACUAUUUCCUCCUCCGCGCCCUCGCCGCCCAUCUCAUCCUGAUCGUCCAGAACGCAAACAUCAAUAAGAUGACGAUGCGGAACGUAGGAAUCGUCUUCAGCCCGACACUCGGUAUCCCCGCUGGUGUUUUCAGCCUCAUGCUCGCAGACUUCAGCCGGGUUUUCAACGUCAAUGACGAUGAGCCCGCUGAGUUUGUCGUUGAUGACAAAGGGAACGCACAGUACAGGACGGUCGAGGAGAUCAGACCUGAGGAUAUCAGACGGAACAGUCGUCAGUAUGCGGACGCUGAGGCCGAUCAGCUGCUUGGAUUGUCUGGAAGAAAUCUAGCAGCUCCAGACGAAAGUCAGUCGGAGGACGGAGAGGAUUUCUCACUACAUGAUGAGAGUGGGACGGAGACAACGGACAACGAUCUACCAGAAUCCUCAAACGGGUCCAGUCCUGUGCCUCAACACAGCCCCUCCCCCGAUAACAUGUCGCUGUCGCGCUUGUCAAGCGUAGCCGCCACUCGAGGGCUCAACAUCAACGUUACCGCCGCUGACACACGACGACAUAGUCGUCUGCCUGGGCCCGGCCUUCCAGCCUCCCCACGACCUACAGGCUCACCGCUGAAUCCUCGCUCAGCUGGUCUCACGGCCGGUGGGCCGUCGUCUCAGCAAUCUUCCUCGCCUUCUUCGCUACUCACCCCGAGGUAGGGGCCUACAUUUGUCCAGCUACACGCGAACUUCGCACGGCCGUACUAGGGAGGGCUUUUAUUAUGUCUGCUUUGCUACUUCUCUUCUCCCGUCCUAUUUGGGUUUUACCCUGUCCUAUUUGGGUUUUACCCCGUCCUUUCGUGGUGGGUAUAAACGCGCUCCGUGUAGGCUUUCUACUAUUUCUGUUUGUCUCGUUUACCUCACGCACGUAGGGCUCCUCCUGCCUGUAUAUUCCAGCUUGGAAUCGGAUGAUAUCGCUGUUUGCAUCAUAUACCCGUACCUAUAGCAUCACUUGCACGGUCAUGCGUGCUAUACAUAUGUACGACUCGUGUUCAUAGUUUCCCCUGGCUCACUCAGUUUCCGUAUAAUGCAUCUUCUGCUCGGUUC